CAAAUAACCAACAAAAUAACACCAAUUAAUUUAUUAUUAAAUUUAAAACAUGAAAUGUGUCUUAAGCGGUGCAAAUUCUCGAAUCUUUGCCAAAGCCAUUCAAUCUUUGUCCAAAUUCGGAACCGAUCUCUACAUCGAAGCUGACGACAAUGGAUUUCAAUUGCGUUCAGUGAAUGCGAACAAAUCCGCCGUUGGUACAUUUAAAUUUUUCACAAGAUUCUUUGAAACCUACGAUCUUGCUGCUGGAUCCAGUGAUGAUGAGAAUUAUUGUCGUCUGUCGAUGAAAGCCUGUUUGGGGGCUUUCAAGAGUAUGAAACAGGUCGAAACUUGUUCGAUACAAAUCCAACCCUCGCGUUCCAAGUUCCUUGUUCAAAUGAACUGCAAACAUGAAACUGUUAAGCAUUUCAUCAUCUCAAUUAUUGAUGAUGAUAAUGUCACUGCUGAAGUUCCAAUGGACAAUUUUCCUAAUUCAAUUGGAGGUUCCUAUAAAAUAUUUCAAGAAAUCGUUGGAAACUUCCAAACCGCCGAAGAGGAGAUCACAUUCGAAGUGAGAAGUGAUAAAGUAAAUGUUAAGAACUAUGUCGAAGGCUCACGAGUUAAUGACAAAUUCAUGAGAUCACAAUUGAAACUAACAUCUGAUGAAUUUGAGAACUACACCAUCUCGGAAGAAACUCAGGUCACAUUCUGCCUCAAAGAGUUCAGAGCAUUUCUUUUGUUCUCGGAGGCACUCUUUGAAAAUCUAGAAAUCAAGUUCCGUGAGGCUGGAAGCCCGAUAGUAUUCCAAAUCGAGAAAGCGAACUUCUUUGAGGGUGUUCUCAUUAUGUCCACUUUAUCACCCGAUGAAGUCACAAUGUGUGAAGAUGUCGCUCCUAGAGAGAUCACCGAAAGUUUCCUAUCAAAGACAAAUGCCCAAAAAAGUGCAACAAAACGAAAACCACCUCCUAAAAAAGUCCCCCCAGCCAGGGAGAGUAAGAGACUAAAUAGCUCCAGUUUAGCUCACACCACAACAAUGGCUCACACAAGUAUUCAAGAGGAAUUACCUAGUUCCGAUGAUUCGUCGAUAUUCCGUUUUGAUAGACAAUCGGUAGAUGUUCCUAGAAAUCAUCGAUCCACAGCUUCUAGUACUGAAAUACCACGAAUUCCAAGUUUGAGUCAACAUUCCGAAAUGAUAGACACAAAUUUGGGACAUUCUCAACCAAUGGAAAUCAACGAUAACCGGCAAUCAGAGAGUGAAGUCUUUGUGACGUUUGUGGAAACAGAGGAAAACCAAGCGCAAGGUGAACAAAUUGCGCAAUCUCCUGAACACAAUGACCCCAAUAAAAAAGGACUGCGUUACAUAUUCUCUCGAUGCUUUGAGGCGACUUAUGUGCCACGAGAACCAUCUCCUACCGAUUCCGUAUAUGUCCCUGAUUCAGACGAGGAAAAAUGAUAGAAAAAGAAAAAACAAAAUUUGUUGGUUUGUAUUUAAAUAUUUAUUUGGGGAAUAAAGUUCGCCGUUAGAAUGUCUUCGGUCUUGUCUUUUAA